GUCCGCGGUCACACUGUAUAUAAAUGUUUAUUAAGGUCUUUAGCUUAUUUCAAUUUUGAAUAAAGACACGAUUAUAUGGUUGUUGCUGCCGUACAGUGUACUUUACAUUCGCAUCUGUUUGCCGCUUGCAAAAACUACUGACAUCUGCGUUGCCUGACCAGACUAAAAUCCAAAUCGCCUCGCAUACAAAAAUAUUUUGUAUUUUAUUUAAUGGCAGCCAAAGUCACAGCCAGUGAUAAGAGCGAGGGCCAGGAGCCUACCUCCAAGGCAGAGAAAGUACCCCCACGGCCAAAUCGAACAGGAUGCCAAGGAAACUGAUGCAGAGUCAAGUGAGCCGGCCAAAAGAGAUGCCGCCGCCGGUGGUCGCAAACGCAAACGGCAUUUGUACAAUUCGAUUCGCAGCCAAAUGGAGUUUUAUUUUGGCGAUGCGAAUCUGACUAAAGAUCGCUUCCUGCGGCGCUAUGUGGACCAGGAUCCGUCUAGAUGUUCCCCUGGAGAUCUUUCUCACGUUCAACAAAAUGAAGCCCCUCGCCGAGGAUGUAAAGCAGAUAGCCAAGGCAUUAAACAACUGCCAGCUGCUGGAGUUGGAUGAGAGCGCCCUGAAGGUACGCCGCAAGAUCAAGAUGCCCGACCAGCGCGACGUCAAUGACAAGACGCUGUAUGUGGAGGCCCUGCCGGCUGAAGGCUGAAGGAAGUCUUCAGUCGCUAUGGCCCUGUGGCCUAUGUAUCGCUGCCUCACUACCCAGGCACC